CUAUAUAUAUGUACACAUCUUAUAUUAGAAUAAACACCUAAAGAUAAAACUCCUAGCAAGUCCCAUAGUACAAUAUAAUAUGACAACACAAUUAGUACCACCACAAUAUGUUCAUGAGCUAAGGACUCAAAAAAAGAGCAAUGUGGCUAACCAUUUGGAGCCAUGGCUACAAUUGGAAGGCAAAGUGGUGUUUGUCACUGGUGCAUCGGCGGGGCUCGGCCGCCAAUUUUGCCUUGACCUAGCUAGGUCCGGUUGCAGAGUCGUGGUGGCUGCUCGUCGGGUGGAUCGAUUGAAGUCCCUUUGUGAUGAAAUUAAUACAAUGGCUAGUUCAAAUCCUCAUUUGGUUAGAGGGAUGGCUGUUGAACUUGAUGUUACUGCUCAUGCUGCAACUAUUGAAGCAUCGGUAAAGAAGGCUUGGGAUGCUUUUGGUCACAUUGAUGCUCUUAUUAAUAAUGCUGGCGUUAGAGGUGGAAUAAAAUCUUCAGUGGAUAUUUGUGAGGAAGAGUGGGAAAACACUUUAAGGACAAAUUUGACAGGAUCUUGGUUGGUUUCCAAAUAUGUUGGAAGACAAAUGCAAGCUUCAAAAAAAGGAGGAUCAAUUAUUAAUAUUUCAUCAAUUUCUGGUUUAAAUAGAGCUUUAAUGCGUGGGUGUAUUGCUUAUAGUUCCUCCAAGGCUGCCAUGGAUUCUAUGACAAAGAUAAUGGCAUUAGAAUUGGGAGAACACAAUAUUAGAGUGAAUGCAAUAGCUCCAGGGCUUUUCAAAUCAGAGAUUACUGAGAGUUUAGUGAAAAAAGAUUGGCUCAAAAAUGUAGCAAAAAGAAGUGUUCCACUAAAAACAUUUGGUACAACUGAUCCAGCAUUGACUUCACUAGUGAGAUAUUUGGUCCAUGAUUCUUCCAACUAUGUAUCUGGCAAUAUAUUUAUUGUUGAUGCUGGUUACACACUACCUGGCUUUCCUAUCUUUUCCUCUCUUUAAGUUACGCCGCUAUCUCACUAUAACAAUCAUUUUCUAUAUCGAUAUUUUGCUAUAAUAGUUGAUUUUUUUGUGGAAGUAACCGAAAAAAAUCCAGGAAAAUUAAUGAUGCAGUUAUAAAAAGUUUUACAGUGUAAUAUAUUGUUUUUUUUGUUGUUGUUGUAGUUGUUAUUAUUGUUGUUGUCAUCUAUUUUAAAGAAAUUAUUAUGAAAUGUUUCCUUGUAUGUACCUUUUCUUGAAAUAUAAUAGCAAGGAAUUGAAUGUGAAUGGUCCCUGGCUAGAUAUAAUUGCCUUUUAAUGUGAAGGACCUCAUGUCUUUGAGUGACAGUGAAAAUUGGACAGAUAGGGUGGCUGAAACAUAUUAGUAGCCUAAAUCCAAAUUCAAAUAGAAGUCGUAAAUUUUAAUUUUUUUUAAUGAAGUUUUAUUAUAAUCAA